UGUUGGAGACAAACUGAUGAAGAUUGGUGCACGCUUGUGGCUGGAGGAUCUGAUGGGGUUUUGGAGAUUUUCUCGGCUUGAGAGAGAAAUCAAGAUAUGGGGAAGAUGACCAAAUCCGGAGAGAGACCAAAACAGAGACAGAGGAAAGGGUUAUGGUCACCUGAAGAAGACCAGAAGCUCAAGAGUUUCAUCCUCUCUCAAGGCCAUGCUUGCUGGACCACUGUUCCUAUAUUAGCUGGAUUGCAAAGAAAUGGAAAAAGCUGCAGAUUAAGGUGGAUUAACUACUUAAGGCCAGGAUUAAAGAGAGGGACGUUUAGUGCAGAAGAAGAAGAGACCAUCUUGAUCUUACAUUCUUCCUUGGGCAACAAGUGGUCACGAAUUGCAAAGUAUUUACCGGGAAGAACAGACAACGAGAUUAAAAACUAUUGGCACUCAUAUCUGAAGAAGGGAUGUCUCAAAUCUCAACCACCACUCAAAACUCAAAGGUCAAACCUAGCAGAAUCUUCUUCUUCACCAAUUUCUUGCGGAAAAAGAAAUCCAGAAACCCUAGACCACGUGAUCUCCUUCCAGACACUUCCAGAGAAACCUUAUUCACCACCAUCACAAGGAAGCAACAAAAACAUGAUGAACAGCAACAACAUGCCUAAGCUCUUCUUCUCCGAGUGGAUUACUUCUUCAGAUCCUCGCGUCAACUACUCCUCCGAAUUUACAGAUUCAUUGCAUAUUAAUCAAACUCAAAAUAGAAAUGAAGACGAAGAACUGAUGAUGAUCAAGAACAGCUACUCUUCACUUGAGGAUGAUGUCAUGUUCCGUACAGAGUUUCAACAGCCUCAUCAUGAGUAUGCUAAUUAUUAUACUUCUGAGGAUUUCUUCAUCAACAGCGACGUAACUUACAUGUAAAGGUAACGUAAAUCAAGAUCAUAUGAUUGUUAGAAGAAGACAAUCAAGUUACUUGCGCUACAAGGCAGAAUCAAGAAACCAUAUAUGAAUUCUUAGAAAACAUGAAGAAAUAAAAGUUCUUCUGGGAAAAGCUUGUAUUUUUGUUUAUAUCUGGUUUUAGUUAUUUAUUUUCACGACAAUCUGUAUAUACAAAUAGAAUAAUUAUUCGUAUAUAUGCCAGUGUUAUUUA